UCGGCCGUGGAGAUGGAGGACGUGCUGGACCUCGGCGAGGAGCGGCGCCGCGGCUCCUCCACCUCCGGGGCCAAGAUGGGUCGCCGAGCUCAACAGGAAUCAACUCAGGUCGAGAAUCAUCUCAUUGGCAAGAAUUCCUCUUUGACUCUGACUGGAGAGGCUCCCCCUCCCAAGCCACCCCGCCGGCAGGGGGGCUGGGCAGAUGAUUCCACGAAGGCUUCCAAGUCAGGAAGGAAGGCUUCUGAAGAAAUAGAAGAUCAUCGCCUCAGACAGCAGAGCCUAGAUGGAUCAGAUGAUGGAGGAGAUAUUCCUGUUAUUCCAGAUCUGGAAGAAGUGCAGGAAGAAGACUUUGUUUUGCAGGUGGCAGCCCCUCCCAGUGUCCAGGUGAACCGGGUGAUGACCUAUCGUGACCUGGACAAUGACCUCAUGAAAUAUGCAGCCUUUCAGACCCUGGAUGGAGAGAUCGACCUGAAGCUCCUCACUAAAGUCCUGGCGCCAGAACAUGAAGUUCGAGAGGAUGACAUCGGCUGGGACUGGGACCACCUGUACACUGAGGUGUCCUCGGAACUCCUCACAGAGUGGGACCAGCUGCAGAUGGAGAAGGAGGACGCCGUGGGGCAGCCCAGGCAUGUCUGAACCCUUGGGAGCCCAAGAGACCCUUCUCCCUGCACUGAGUAACCUCUGCUUUGGACUUGAAAAAAUGCAAUAAGCCUAAAACUAAAGAAGCUUCCAGGCGGCUUAGGAUUUUUAUAUGGAAUAUUUUGUAAUAAAAAUAUUUAUUCUCAGUAUACCACAUUGGAUCAUUCAUUUGCAGUAAAGUGCUUUACUGUC